CUUGUCUCUUUCCACACGGUCCCUGGGCGGAUGGGCGCUCCCCGUGUGCGCUGGUGCUGAUGCAGACAGACAGAAGCAUCUAACCGGACAUAAACCACAGGAGGUGUUUCAAAGUGAUGCUUUGACAGUUUGAAGGGCUUCCUGAGACUCGUGCCACAGGCAUGGCGGUGCGCUCCGACCCGCUGGGUACGUUUGAGUCCUGGCCUGCAGGCGGUGGCCAUUCUGUGGAGGAGCUGGACGUCAGGAGUUUCCUGGACUCACUGAUGGAGGAGAACAGCACAGCGGAGAGAUGUUAUCGCUCUCACUCGCGCAGCAGCGUCCUGCAAGGCCUGCCCUUCGGAGGAGUCCCCACCGUCCUCGCCAUCAACGUCGUUCUGUGGCUGUUCCUGCUCCUGAUCUUCUCUUGUUUGAGGAAGGCAGCGUGGGACUACGGUCGCCUGGCUCUGCUUAUGGAAAACGACAGCUUGACAUCACUGUUCUAUGGAGAACAAAGUGAGAAGGAGAAAACCCCGUCAGAAUCCAGCGCAUCAGACUCAGAGACCAAGGACAUGGGCUUCUGCUCCUGGCUCACAUCCCUGUACCACAUGAAGGAUGAAGAGAUCCGCAGUAAAUGUGGCAUUGAUGCGAUCACGUACCUGUCUUUCCAGCGUCACAUUAUCCUGCUCAUGACGGUGGUGUGUUUGCUGUCGCUCACCAUCAUCUUGCCUGUCAACCUCUCUGGAAACCUCCUAGGAGAUAACCCACAGAAUUUCGGCCGAACAACAGUGGUUAAUGUUCCUGCACAGAAUGCCUUUCUGUGGCUGCACAGCAUCUUUGCUCUGCUGUAUUUUGUGAUCACAGUGCUGUGUAUGGCCCAUCAUUCCUCACGACUGGAAUACAGAGAAGAUGCGAAGGUGGCCAGAACUUUAAUGAUAACUUCAGUUCCCAGAGAAAUCUCUGAUCCCGGCCUGAUCACCAAACACCUGCAUGAAGCCUACCCUAGCUGCACCGUCACAGACAUCCGGUUCUGCUUCGAUGUCCAAAAACUGAUGAAGCUGGACUCCGAAAGGCGAAAAGCUAUGAAAGGAAGGCUGUACUUCACAACCAAGUCUCAGAAGGAAGGCAGGAUCAUGAUAAAGACUCACCCCUGUGCGCAGAUCUUCUGCUGUGAUAUAUGUGGCUUUGAACAGGUGGAUGCAGAGCAGUAUUACAGUGAACUGGAGGAGAAGCUGACAGAUGAGUUUAAUGCAGAGAAGAACCGUAUCUCUAUGAAGAGGCUGGGCAUUGCCUUUGUUACCUUCAGAGAUGAGAGAAUGACUGCAGUUAUUGUGAAAGACUACAGCCGAGCUCGCUGCCGCCACAGACCCCAGCAGUCCAGCAUUACCACGGUGGUCCGGUCCCAUCAGUGGGGCGUUUCUUACGCCCCGGCCCCUAAUGACAUCAUCUGGGAAAAUCUGUCAGUGUGUGGUUCUCGCUGGUGGCUCCGCUGCGUCCUGCUCAACAUCCUGCUCUUCCUCUUGCUCUUCUUUCUCACGACCCCUGCUAUCAUCGUAAACACCAUGGACAAGUUCAACGUCACCCGGCCAGUAGAAAGCUUAAGGAACCCAGUUAUUACCCAGUUCUUGCCCACCCUGCUCCUGUGGGCCUUUUCCAUUCUCCUGCCCUUCAUUGUGUACUAUUCCUCUUUCUUUGAGCACCACUGGACCAGGUCCGGUGAGAAUCAAGUCACUAUGCAUAAAUGCUUUCUUCUGCUUGUCUUCAUGGUAAUCAUUCUGCCAUCACUGGGUCUAUCCAGCUUGGAUUUGUUCUUCAGGUGGCUCUUUGACAUCCACUUCCUGGAUGAAACAGAUGUGAAGUUUCAAUGUGUGUUUUUGCCUGAUAACGGAGCUUUUUUUGUGAACUACGUGGUCACGUCGAGUCUGAUCGGAACGGUCAUGGAGCUUCUGCGUAUUCCUGCUCUACUGGUGUACUCUGUUCGCCUCUGCUUUGCCAAAUCUAAAGCUGAGCGCAUCCACGUUAAAAGAAGUCAGGCCUAUGAGUUUCAGUUUGGUCUUGAGUAUGCCUGGACCAUGUGCAUAUUUUCAGUCAGUAUGACCUACAGCAUCACCUGCCCCAUCAUUGUUCCUUUUGGGUUGCUGUACCUUGUACUGAAGCACAUGGUAGAUCGCUAUAAUAUCUACUAUGCCUAUUUACCCACAAAGCUCAGCCAGCGGAUCCAUUCGGCCGCCAUCAGUCAAGUGGUGGUGGCGCCCAUUCUUUGCAUGUUCUGGCUGCUGUUCUUCUCUGUGCUCAGACUGGGUCCAGUGCAGCCCAUCACUCUGUUCACAUUCAUAACUCUCUUGUGCUGUAUUGCCUUCUCCUGCUUUGGCUUCUGUCUGAAAAAACUACGACCUGACAGAUCGACAAGCUAUCAGAUGUCUGAUCAGACGACAGAAGGAGGCUUCACUGAUGCAGAAAGAAGCACAGUCUCCACUACAACCACAGCUAAUCUUUUUAUAGCCUCGGUGUUGCUGGAGCCAGAGCUGGGCCUGACUCCCAUGCCCUCUCCUGCCCACCAGAGCUACGGCACCAUGGGGAACAGCCAGAGUUCAGUGCAUGACGCCGAAGGGGUAGAGGAGAAGGAUCUGGAAGAAACUUUGGAAACUGAACUCAAGGAUGAUCCAAAUAUCAGCUGCCCGAGCCCUCUCAUGGAUAGUCCUGUAGGUUUCCAGUGACCAAGCUGCCCCCCGUUCCUACUCCCUAACGCUAAAGCUCCAUGCCUCGUCUUAGCUAAUGGCUGAUAAAGAGGCACUAUGCUGCAAAAUUAGUCCUCUACAACCUCCAUUUAUGAGUAAAAGAAAACAAAUUGCAGCCAUCCAAGCAAACUGCUUCAAAAAGCUUGUUGGGAAUUCACUGACAUGGCGGUUUUAGUUCUGAGGACUUUGAUGAGCUUUCAAAGAAGUAUCUGAAGUGGAUAAAAGCAAAGAUCUAGAAGAACAAGACAAGCCAAUUCUCUUGCUCGGUCUAUGCUUUCUACUUUCUUCUGUAUUGUUCUUUUCUCUUUAAAUGACGUUAAUUUGUGUCCGGCAGUUUGUUUGACUGAAGCUUGGGACAUUGCAUUUGGACAGAUUUUUCAAUGUAUUUUAUAUGCAUAGUCACAUUGUAUAGCUCCAAAGAGUUGAGACAUCCAAAUCUUAUUUGCUUAUUAUUACUCCUUUUGCUGUUGAUGCUGUUUGUGCUUAUUGUUAUUUUUAUUCAGUAUUUGUAUUUUAGCUAUUGUACGUAAUUUUGCAACUAUGUGAGAGGGCGUUGUUAUGUUUUUCCUAUUAUUAGAUUAUUAUUACUGUUAUUAACACCCUCAACCUUUAUUGAUGUGUGCGCCAGAGUCAGUAGCUCCCAAUUAUUGUUUGUUUUGCAGUGACAAUAGCAGUUGUGUUGUGAAUACUGCAGUCAAUUGGCACUACAGUAGAUUUGACAAAGUCAACGAGGCACUCAUUCCAUAAUUUGUUUGCUUUUUUGUAAAGUUCAAUCAGUUGUUUGGUCUGUGGAAGGGAUGUGAGAGGGCAUUCGAAAGUGAACCUUUUCACUGACUAAUAUACAGUCAAAUUUAGCAGACUCCACUUAAUGAACUGGAAAAAAUGCAAAAAACAAUCAGUUUGCAGGAAAAAAACUAAAAAGAGCUGUUAAAGUAAUGAUCAAAAAGGCUUAAGCUCUAUUGGCAGCAUAUAUUUGACUACCUUAGUUUCUACAUUAAUGCACUGAGAGUAUGGUCUAUGGAGCAUUCCAGAGGGUUUAAGCUCUAAAUAAAUCACUAAUUUGAAAGCUCCAGGUAAAAUAAUAGACUAGGAGCCACUGGCUUCUAAAGUUUUUUUGUCUUUUUUGGCCAACAAAUUAUGUAAUUGUGGUAACACUAGUAUAGGGAGCAAUUCUUGCUAUUAACUAGUUUCUUAUUACCAUGCCUAUUAUUAACAUUUUGCCUUUUUAUUUGUAUUUUUAAAGCACAUAUUCUGCAUACCAUAUUCUACAUCCCUAACCAUUACCAAUACGUAAACUUAAAAACUACCUUACUAACAAUUAAUAAUCAGUAAAUUAGCAGUUUGAGGCAAAAGUCGUAGGCAAUGGUUUGUUAAUAUUGAGAAUGUACCUUAAAAAAGCUUGACAGUAACUGCUGAUUGUUGUUGAGAUUCACCUAAGUCAUGGAGUUCAUAAUUUCCCACUUUAGCAUUUAAUAUCAGUCAAUAUUAUGUGCUUUGAAGAAGGGAUGUUUCAGAAUACAGUUUAUAACGAUUUAAGUUUAUAUAGACUACGAUUUUUAAUAGCUGUAUUUAGUACAAAUUUCUUUCGGUUGGAUAUUGUCACACAAUUUGUGCCAUAAAUAUUACUCCGCUUUGUUAUUUUUGGUAUUACUGACUUGGGGGAGUGAGGGCGUCAGUUGUGAACUUAGUAGAGGCUCUGAACAAUUUCCGACCAAGUUUGAUUCAAACAGCUGAUUCAAGCACAAGCUUGACGUGAAACUUUUUGACUUAAAGAACUGAUUCGCAAGAGUUGUUUUGUUAUGAAUCAGAUAACGUGCUCUGUGUUGCAUCACAUGCAUGAACCAUUAGCGCCAAUGUUGCCAUAUUGGAUUAGUCUUGCAUAGCCAGACCUUCAGACUGACGAAUGAAGGUCUGGAAUUCAUGGCAGCUUUCAUUGGUCAAGACAAGUCAAACAACCAAUCACAGUUCGCUUCAUUCAGCGGAACGUUUCAGGGCGUGGAAAUGUUGCCACAAUAAUAGGCCAGUGUGUAAAACUCUCAAACCUAUUUUAAAAAUUAUAUGUCACAAACUUUAAAUAUUUCACAUACUUUUGAAACAGCGUUUAGUUGAUCCUGAUAAGUGCUCGUUGUCACAGUUUUUAAACAUGAUUGCUUUCUUCUUUCAUGAGAGGGGUUUGGUGUCACAGAAUCUUUGUUUCCAUGCGGAAUGUUAAAGACACAAACGUCUCGUGGAAAUCCUAUAGAAUUCAAUCAAUCAGAUGACGACUUCGACACUCCUGAAGUGUUUCCACUUUUGUGUCCCAUAUGCAUCAGACGUUUAGCUAGCGAUCCAUGGGUUUGACGUCUGAGGCUGAGACUAAUAUUGGAUGGACGAUUUCCAGCCCAAAAACUCACCUAAAAGAGUAAUAUAUAAAUAAAUAAUGCUAUAGAAUUUUAUUGCCAUGUCAAUGAAGGUUGAUAAGAACCAUUUUCAACUCUUUAAAACAAAAUCAUGGUGACAAAAAUAAUCUAAAAAUAGAAACUGAUAGGAAAACGGAUCAAAUCAGGGCAAAUACAUAAAGAGAAUUACCAAACAUGACUAAAAUACGCAGGCGACCGAUACCCCUGAAAGAACACAUCUAUCAUUUUCAUUGUCAACAGUCAGAAUAAGCCAAUUUACAUGAAAAAAAGUGCCCAAUAUAAGUGAUUGGAAUAAGCAACUAGCAGAUAUUUUAAUUAGCUGGAAUUUCAGACUCAUUAUUGACUCAUUACUCAUAUUCAUCUGUGCUAUGAUUUAAAACUUAAAGAUAUAAUAUCAUUAGAGCCUUCGUGUCAUCUCCCUCCACAGGUGUAAUUCACAUUUUGAGCGUUGAGUCACUCUCCCAAUCUUUACCAUGUGACUUGUACAGUAUUUUUGCCACUCUGGCAUUGUGACCACUUAAACAUACAGCUAUACAUUCAAAAUCUGAUCCUUUUUGCACAGGGGUUUUCAAACCUGUCCCGGAGGAUUUAGAUGUUUAAAAUGGGCGAACUGACCCCCCAACCCUUACGAAAAUUAACCAUGGUUUUACUACAAAUAAAACCAAAAAACCAUGGUUACUGUAGUUAAACCAUGGUAACCACAAACUAACCAUGGUUUUGCUAUAUUAACCAUAGUUUAACCAUGGUAUUUGUAGUAAAACUGUGGUUUUACAAAUGGCAGUCAAUACGCCAAAAAACCAUGGGUUACUACAGUUUUACUAUAAUAAAACCAUGGUUAUUUUUCGUAAGGGAACCAGCCUAAAUUUACCCGCACAAUCAAAUUCAAACCCGCCCAACUGGACCGGAACCCAUCCAAUUCAGUUUGCAUUCUAAUGAGUGCAAAGACUUGAUUUUACCUUAUUGUUGCGCAUUAUUAGUCACAGUCUAAAGUCUUGUAUGUUAACAUAAAAGUGUUUUAUUUGAACUGUAAGUCAUUUUAGGUUUACAUGAUCCAACAGUUGAAAAAUUCCAAUCUAAAUUUGAUCAGACAAGGUAAGCGGUUUCAUCACAAUCGUUUCAAGAUAACAUAUAUUAAAAUGUUGUGGUUUUAGAACUGAAACAUCAUGUGUCCAUAGACUUUUAUUGUACUCUAAGUGCAUUUUUGUUUUGUUUUGUUUUACAAACUGAGGGAUGAGUUGAAUUUAUAACUGCCGAUGGAGCUUAAAAUUAUUAAAAUUAUAGUCAAAUUCCGUUAAGAAUCAUGAAAUCCAUUAAAUAUUUUUGUAAAAUGAUAUAAUUGAAGUGUUAUGACACGAACUGAAUAUGCUACACACAAGACUUCAAUUCCAGAGUCUCCAAUUGCAUGUUGUUUAACUCAUGCUCAUGUCACAUGCUCAAACCAGCCUGCAGCUCUCUUUAGAGCCGUCAAGUUUGGCUCUGGCUUCUGUAACACUUUAAUUUUCUUAGUAAAUUUCUCGGUCUAGUGGAUCUAGGACCGGAAAGGACGGGGUGGGUGGAGGGUUUUCUUGCCAAACUGAAUGUAAAUGAGUUGUGAUUUGUACCGUGCUUUCUUGCUGUGCCUUGAAGAAACAGAUCUUAAGAAGUAAACAGAAACAAAUGUUGUGUCUGACAAUCCAGCAUGACCUGCAAUAUGCUGCAUGGACUACAGAGCAAGAUAAGACAAAGAGGCUCAAUUCUAAAGCGCAUUCCACCAAUGAAUCAAACAGGUGAGAGAUUCCUGACAAGUUUUAAACUGACUUAGCCUCGCAACAUACUCUGAGCAAGUACGUAAAUGAUUCUAGUUGAAAUGUGUCAGACCACUAUUUAUAAUGCUGCCCAAAUCUGUUGCAUUGCAAUUUGUCUUCUAAAGUCAUUUUUAUUCAUUCAAGUUAACUACUGUCAUGGCGGAGCAAGGAAACAUUUGGCAUGUUAAUUGCUAGCAUGCUAAACAUAUUACAACAAAGCAAAUGCAUUGACCAAAUAUUUGUGUCUGUGUACUUGUGGAAAGGUAUAUUUCUAGCCAUACUUCAACAGCAACUCAACACAAAUGCACCCCAAUCGCAUCUAAUUCACACUAAUUAUCAUUGGUAUCACAUUAUCAAGCGUAUGCAAACACACUUACAUCAAUGUCUUCAAUACCUACCUGAUAAAAUGCUCUUGUGAGAUGCUUUUUGAUAUUUACUUUUGUUCCGUUUGUAUUCACUGUUGGUGUACACAACUUUGUUUUCGUUAUUUAGUGUUGGUUUGUGGAAUGUGGCUUGAGGUGCCAUGUCAUGUGACGGGGCGCUUAUGACACGAAAAAUUGCUGCAUCCUGUUACAUCGCAGCAGCACAGCUCUUAAGGGUAUAAAAACUACAUUUACAAAACCUUUAGAGUGUCAAGUAGUGUCUUUCUUUAUUUCAUCGUUAUAUGUAUUUUAACAAAUUGCCCUGCACUGUUUGUGCUACACAUUUGGUGUAAAAAAAAUUUUACUCAGAAAUUGCUAGUAAGUUUAAGUGAAUUACAAGAAACAGCGAGUGAGUAAUACAUUGAAUGAAACUUGAAAGACUGAAAUAGUGAUAAGACCAAUCCUUACGUAGAGAUAUAGAGACAUGGGGUUGGAUGUUUUGACUUUGGGUCAGUAACCAACUAGAAAUGACAAGACCUUAGGAGCCACUAGCCCUGGCAAUCUUGCUGGCAACUUUGGCAUGAGAAAGCUCAAACUAUUUUAUUCAGAAGAAAAUGUAAGUGUUUUUCAGAUUCGGUCUUAGAAAAUGAAACGUCGACCCUUAAUUAAAUUUCUUGUCAUGCCAGAAGACAGCCAGUGGUCACUUGACUGGUCAACACUUGAAAACUGCCAAUUAUGUUUUUCCUGCACACUAGAUAUCAUUACCAUGUGUGUGUGUGUGUGUGUGUGUGAGAGAGAGAGAGAGAGAGAAAAAGAACCCACAGCAGCUAAACAAGUGAAGCUGCACAUGUGAAAUGGUUCCAAAAAGUAGGACAUGCAUGCUUAAUUAUAAUAGAGCUGAAUAAACUUCUUAUAAUAGCUUCUAAAAAAUCAUGAUUUAUUCCCUUGUAAAUAUCUGUUACUUAAAGACCACAACAGUAGGUUACUAGAAGGCAAUCAAGUUACAGUACAUUCCAGGAUCACAGUUAUAUAUGGAAAUUUCCAUAGAUUAAGUACAGUUAAAUGCAAUUACACGUGUCCCACCAUCAGAUGCUUGUGGAAAUAUGAAACAAACCCAUAAAAAUAGAAGCUAUUUUGAUAUUUAAUUGAUUCGCCCUUUGAAUCGCUGUGAAUGUCCAUCCACAAGCAGUCUUUGGUUUAUUUAGGGUAUUCAGCGGUUUUUGUCUCGGCUAUUAUUUUCCUUUCUUUUGCAGAACUGGCAGGAAUGUCUGACAGAAGGCCAAAAAUGUGGAUACAUCUAAAUCUCUGAACAUUUUUCCAGAAGUAACAACCGGGAGACAGAAAACAUUCUAUGAUUUUAUACUGGGCUGUUUGUGUGUGCCACUGCCAGUAUGUGCUGAGAUGCGCUUAUGCAAGGACACUGACCCAACCAUGUGUCCAUGCACAUUCAGAUAAAAAUGGCAUUCCAAAUGGUUCGACAGAAAUAGAUAGAUGGAUAGAUAGAUCUCAUCUUCCCUGAUGGUUGCAGUGAUUAAUAUGUUGGAGGCAUCAAAUGUGGCUGAGUAUAUGCCUCGGCUCACCUCUGUAAUGACAGGCUGUGAAGAGCAGUGAGUCUGCAUACUAAUUAGUGCAGUUUGGCCUGGCCCUGCACAGUCAACCUCAUUAUUUAUUGUGUGAGUGUGUAUUGCUAUAGAGAGAUGGAGAAUUGCCAGUUUAAAUGAAAGGAAGAGUCAUGGUUUUGAACUAUGGUUCAGAUGUCACGUAUGAAUACUAAAUAUUACAUUUUACACUGCAAAUGUGCAAAUUUAGCUUUAGUCCGAGAGCUCUCAGUCCCUCCAUUGAAGCUGUGUGUACGGUACACUGUCCAUGUCCAGAAAGGUAAGAAAAACAUCAUCAAAGUAGUCCAUGUGACAUCAGAGGGUCCAUUUGAAUUUUUUGAAGCAUCGAAAAUACAUUUUGGUCCAAAAAUAGCAAAAACGACAACUUUAUUCAGCAUUGC